GUGGUAAAAACCUUUUUGGCUUCGCGUCUUCACGGCCCGGUCCACAUCUGGGAGGGUCAACCGGGUCGAUGCAGCGACAAGACGGGAAGUGGAUGAACUUGCGCCACUAAACGAGAUAUUUUCACAGUACGUAAUGGCCUGAUUUAUUUUUUUGAAACCCAUCACCAAUAUCCAACAUGGGGAGAGAAAGGAAGUGUAUUCUCUGUCAGAUCGUUUACAGCUCCAAACAGGAGAUGGAUGAGCAUAUGAAGAGUAUGCUGCAUCAUCGGGAACUGGAGAACCUUAAGGGCCGGGACUGUGGCCACGAGUGCCCGGUGUGCCGGGUGACCGUGGUGAGUCUAACGGACUACGCCAACCACAUAUCCAGCAGGGUGCACAAGCAGCGCGUGGAGACGGCGGAACGCGAGGGUGCCGGGAACGACCAGGAAGAGGAGUACUUCGACAAGGAUCUGAUCAAACUGAUCGAGACCCGGAAGGAAGUGAUCAGGAGGGAGGAGGAGGCUGCAGCAAAGCGUGCCAGAGAGGAGGAGGCGCAGAGGAGAGAGGAAGAGGAGAGUAGGAAGCGGCAGCAACAGAUCCAGAAGUGGAGUGAGGCACGGCAGUACUUCUGCCAGAAGGGGGCGUUGUGGGACUGGAGAUACCCCAACAAAACCCCUCCAACACCACCACCACCUCGAAAAUGCAAGGGGCCCGCCUGGCAGGAGCAGGGGGGCUGGGACUGCAGCUCUACCCCCGCCGGGUGUCGAGGUCCCUGGGAGACCCAGGAGGACAUCAGGUUCAACUGGUACGACAGGAAACAGGGCCGCAGUGCCACCUGGCACGCCCAGGAACCACCCAACGUCUACAAGUGGAGCGCCGGACAGAGAGGCAGUGGCAGCCUGCACAGCAGGGAGGGAACCAAUAAGAGAUGGCAGCAGGAGGAGUAUCUCCACCCCCCAGCACAGCAGCAGAGCGGAGGGAGGGAACCCUGGCAGCAGAACAGCGGAGGAGGAGGUGCCACCGGUCUAUACGGCAGCAGCAGAGGGGGUCACGGACUUCCUGGUGUGCUCGCUGACCGUGUCAUGACGGAAGGGCCGAGCAGCACGGAGUCACUUCACAGGAUGGACUUCACCAGCGACCAGCUGGAUCCGGUCGGGUCCUUCGACCAGCUACACAGAUACGCUCGCUUCGAACCGCAGGAUGACGGCCGGAAGGGUGGACACCAGAACAUGGCCCAGGAAGAGCCAGCUGGUGGAGCAGAACACGAUCGUAAAAGUGGCAUGGGGCCCAAGGCGUUCGGUAGUAAUCCUAAACUCGACAAGGCCUGUCGCUGGUCCCCUUAUCCGUCCCAUAAGGAGACUCACCCUCAUCCUCACCCCUCAGAGAAGCACCCAAAGGGUCCUCCUCCUCCCCCAACCUUCCAGACCCCCCAGACCCCCUUGGGCCAGGGCAGAGAUAGGGAUCUGAGGCCCAGACGUGACAUAACGCUGGACCUCCACCGCUCCUCGGGUCUGAAGCCGACUCAAUCCAGACAGGACCUGCGAGCAGGCCAGCAGAGAGCAGCGCAGCAGCAGAGGUCUCCUGAUCAUAGUGUAGAAGGGAGGGAACCCAGGAAGCUUAGAGACAUCUCUACAAGGAUCAGUAGCAGUGAUAACAGCAAUAGUUUGAGGACAGACAGACAAACCACCUCCUCUUCCUCUGGGUCCACCUCCACCAGACAGAGGGCAGCUAAACCAUCAGAGUGCCUUGAGAAAGGCCUGUCCUCCUCUUCGACUACCAGCCUCAAGACCCACCUGGGUAGGGCCUCCAGCCCCAGCCCCACCCUAACUUCCAGCCCCAAGACCCACCUCAGUAGGGCCUCCAGCCCCACCCUCAAUCUAACCCCCAAUCCCAAGACUCACCUCAGUAGGGACUCCAGCCCUAGCCCCUCUACCACCCCCAGGACCCAGCUGAGCCGAGCCUCCAGCCAGGACUCGGACCAGCUUAGGUUGUCCAGACACAGAAGCCAGGAUUUGGGGAGGAGGCAGGGAUCAAAAUCCCCCCAGCAGGACCAGGAGCAGCUGCUGAACGAGAUGCUGAGGAGAGCCAAGGAGACACUGCUAGACAAGAGGAGCUCCGUGGACCUGUCUGCUGUUAACAACAGGACCGAGGGACAGAAGGCAGUGUCCAACGACCAUAGGAUAGAGAAAAAGGAGAGGACGAUGGUGCUACACAUCAAGGAACAACAACAGGCGGAGAGCUCUGCUGGCGUUACGGUCGUAGAAGACAACAGACAGAAGAGAGGGAAGUCGUCUAGACAGACCAGACAGGACAGAGCUAACCCAGCUGAGGACAGAGCUAGCAGCAGAGCUAACCCAGCUGAGGACAGAGCUAGCAGCAGAGCUAACCCAGCUGAGGACAGAGCUAGCAGCAGAGCUAACCCAGCUGAGGACAGAGCUAGCAGCAGAGCUAACCCAGCUGAGGACAGAGCUAGCAGCAGAGCUAACCCAGCUCAGGACAGAGCUAGCAGCAGAGCUAACCCAGCUGAGGACAGAGCUAGCAGCAGAGCUAACCCAGCUGAGGACAGAGCUAACCCAGCUGAGGACAGAGCUAGCAGCAGAGCUAACCCAGCUGAGGACAGAGCUAGCAGCAGAGCUAACCCAGCUGAGGACAGAGCUAGCAGCAGAGCUAACCCAGCUGAGGACAGAGCUAGCAGCAGAGCUAACCCAGCUGAGGACAGAGCUAGCAGCAGAGCUAACCCAGCUGAGGACAGAGCUAGCAGCAGAGCUAACCCAGCUGAGGACAGAGCUAACCCAGCAGAGGACAGAGCUAGCAGCAGAGCUAAUCCAGCAGAGGACAGAGCUAGCAGCAGAGCUAACCCAGCUGAGGACAGAGCUAGCAGCAGAGCUAACCCAGCUGAGGACAGAGCUAGCAGAAGAGCUAACCCAGCUGAGGACAGAGCUAGCCGAAGAGCUAACCCAGCUGAGGACAGAGCUAGCAGAAGAGCUAACCCAGCUGAGGACAGAGCUAGCAGCAGAGCUAACCCAGCUGAGGACAGAGCUGCUGCUUCUGAGCCUUUAGAGACCAUGAUGGAGUUUGUGACGUCUCCCUCAGACAACCACCUGUCUGUUCAGUCUGUCCAGGUCAGCACAUCCACCAUGGAGUCCCCAGAGGGGGCUGUGCUCUCUCUCUCUCCCAGGGAGGAGGCGGUGGGGGAGAGGGAGGAGGCGAGGGGCCUGGUGUCUGGAGAGGAGGCCAUGGAAGUAGCAGACGCAGGGCUAUGGUCAGACAGUGACCCCUUGAGAACCAUUGAUCCUAACCUUGACCUCCACACGACCUCUGACCCCUCCUCAGGCUCCACCCAGACCAAACCCACCCUGCCCCUCGGCCUAAAGAGGGACCUCACCCGACACAUCGGCUCCAAGACCAAGAGCGGCAGCCAUGAGCCCAAUCUGAACAUAGCGCGGCGGAUCAGGAACGUGAGCGGGACGAGGAGAGGGGAUGCGGAGAAGGAUUUGGGGCUGAAGCCAACGUUAAGACAGCUCAUCAGUUCGUCGGGGUCACGACGCUGUGUCAACUGGGACCAGGUGUACCAGGAAGUCCACAGGAAGAAGCAGCAGCAGGGGAAAGGCAUGCCCAGGUUUGGUAUCGAGAUGGUGUCCUGUGACCAGGAGGGGGAAGAGGUUCCUCUGGCCGAGGGGUUUCAGUGGGAGACCCUCUUCGGCCUCGGAGACUCUGGACCCGCCUUCGCCCCAGUGACUCCUCGCAAGCGCAGCCUCUCGGAGAGUAGCGUGGCUCCAGACCGCUCGACCGCCAACCUCUCCUCUCUCUUCGGGGGUCAGACACCUGGUCAGGCGAUUCCAGGAGAGAGGGCACCCGGAGAUGGGGCUGGAAGGGAAGUGAGAUGCAGCUCAGACCAGCAAAGCUCCUCGUUCUUCAGAGACCUCCAGCAGCCUAAAGUGGAGGGGACACCGUGUGAAGACAGCGCACAGAGAGAAGUACAGGGGCCACUACCAGAGGGGCCCCCAGGGUUCGAGCCGAGACCUGACUCCGUGAUAGGGGACAGCAGCUCGGGGACGGAGCAGACCGACACGCAGGGAGCCAGGAUGAAACGACGUGCAGCUGGGGACAUUGCAUGUCCUGAAAUCCCUCAUUCAGAGAGGAAGAAUAAAAGAAUGAAGGUCAAGUCCAAAAAAGAGCGUCUACAGGUGGACCAUCUCCUUGCUGUGUCUCUGAGAGAGGAGGAUCUGAGCCGGUCUCUACAAGGGGUCGACAACAGCCUGAUCCAGGCCAGGGCUGCUCUACAGGCUGCCUACAUGGAGGUCCAGCGCCUCCUAGUGGUCAAACAGCAGGUUUCCAUGGAGAUGAGUACUCUCAGAAGGAAGCGUAUUGAGUUGCUCCAAGGGAUACAAGGUGGUGUUGAGAGCCUUUCCCUGCCCAGAGUGAAGAGCUGUGAAGAGGAGAUGCCUUUAGAGAUGCCCCCGUCCCUGCUGUCGCCUCUAACAGAACCCCUUGUCGCCAGUCCCAACCAGGUUCCCCUCUACCUCCCCCCCUGCUCCACGCCCCCCUCCCUGUCCCCGAGCCACCAGACCCACCCCCAGCCUAUCACACAGUCAGUAGUUAUCAAGCAGGAGCCCCUGUCCCCUGGUAGGGUGACCACUAAGACUGAGGAUGCGGAGAGCGCAGUGACCGUUCACCACGGCUCUCACAGCACCACGUCAGAUCCCACGCCCAUCCCUACAGCCCCUCACGCAGAUUGUGCCGCCAGCUGCCAACCGGUCCGAGGGAGGAAGUCUGAGCGUCACAGAGUCAGCAGAGAGCUCUCUCAAGAGGGCAGCAGUCUACCCGUAGGAGCAUGUGUAGAAUGGAAGGACCCCUCGGCAGGUUCACCAGGCCUGGUCCAGUCGGGAGAGAGGGGUGUUCAGGUUACCACAGCAGACAGGGGUAACUUCAAGUCCCACCCAGCCCCACUGUCAGGCCAAUCCAGCCGCAAGAGCUCCAGAGCUGGGAUCCAGGACCUAGAAACCUCCCCCGUCCCAGCCCCACUGUCAGGCCAAUCCAGCCGCAAGAGCUCCAGAGCUGGGAUCCAGGACCUAGAAACCUCCCCCGUCCUUCCUCUGUCCAACGCGCCGCCUCAGGCGGAGGUGAAGACCAUAAAGCGCGUGAGGAAGUUGAAGAAGAAGAGGGUGCUAAGGAAGGCCAAGGGGGAGGAGCAACAGCUUGACAACAGCGACACAGAACUGGAGGCGGAGACUACCUUCUCCCGACCCGUCAGACUCAUCGGAACCCGCAGGAAACCCAACGGCGGAUGCCGGCCCCAGGUCACCACAUCCUCCUCCACGUCUAGCCCGCCCGGAACAUCAGAGGACAGGGGAGAGCGUCCAGGACCACCGAGGUCUCCAGCCACGAGACCCGAGGAGAGGCAGGAUGACUCCGACUCCUCUCUGGAGAUGGUCGUGCUCCCCCAUGCAGCUCCAGGUGAGGUGGUCACCAUUGACACCUCUGGUCCAGAGGAUGGAGACAUGGACAUCUGCCCCCGGCCACAGCCCGCUGUCUCACCCCCAGCCCCAGACACACUGAAGACGGAGCCCCAGAAGCUGGCCUGCAAUGAGGUGACCUCCACAAGCGAGAUGGAUGGUAGCUCUGUUGGCAAGAGUGAAGUCCAGCUUCCCCCGACAUCUGUCAAGCUGUCCAAGACUUCCUCAGAUCUGUCUCUGGACGGGUCGUCGGAGCCCGGGGGGGAGGAUCUGCCAUCUGAGGGGAUGUUUGAGGGUCACCAGGAGACUGUUAAUGCCAUGCAGGUCCACAUGGGUCUACUCUAUACCUGUUCUGGAGACCGCACUGUUAGAGCCUUCAGCCUGGUGAGCCGUGAGUGUGUGGCUGUGUUUGAGGGCCACAGCACCAAGGUCAACUGUUUGCUGGUUUCUUCUGGACCAGGUCUUCAACAACGACUUUACUCUGGCUCCAGUGACCAGACUAUCCGCUGCUACAACCUCAGAUCCAGGGAGUGUGUGGAUCAGUUCUCUCUCCCAGACCGGGUUCUUUGCCUCCACAACCGUUGGAAAGUUCUGUACGCUGGCCUAGCUAACGGCUCCGUGGUCACCUUCAGCAUCAAGACCAACAAGCAGCUGGAUGUGUUCGAGUGUCACGGGCCGCGGGCGGUGAGUUGCCUAGCGACAGCCCAGGAAGGAGCUCGCCGCAUCCUAUUGGUCGGGUCCUACGACAGCACCAUUAGCAUCCGGGAUGCCAAGAGUGGCCUGUUGCUACGGACUCUCGAGGGACACACCAAGACAGUACUAUGUAUGAAGGUAGUCAAUGACCUGGUCUUCAGUGGCUCCAGUGACCAGUCGGUCCAUGCACACAAUAUACACACUGGAGAGUUGGUGCGUAUCUAUAAAGGACAUAGUCAUGCUGUCACAGUGGUGGCCAUCCUGGGGAAGGUGAUGGUCACUGCCUGUCUUGACAAACUGGUCCGCGUCUACGAGCUACAGUCACAUGAUCGUCUGCAGGUGUACGGUGGACACACGGACAUGGUGAUGUGUAUGGCAAUCCACAAGAAUAUGAUCUACACUGGUUGCUAUGACGGCAGUGUGCAGGCGGUCAAACUGAACCUGAUCCAGAACUAUCACUGUCGGUGGCAUGGCUGUUGUCUGAUCUUUGGAGUGUUGGAUCACCUUCAGCAGCACCUGCUCCAAGACCACGCCUCUCCCAACACACAGAACCUCAAGUGUCGAUGGAAGAACUGUGACGAGUAUUUCACCGCUCGCAACGGCUCCAAGCAGGGGGCUCCAAGGCACAUGCUGCAACAUGUUGAGGAGGAGUGGAGUGGACCAGCCCACCCCUGAGGGAGUCUGGAGUGGACCAGCCCACCCCGGAGGGAGUCUGGAGUGGACCAGCCCACCCCUGAGGGAGUCUGGAGUGGACCAGCCCACCCCUGAGGGAGUCUGGAGUGGACCAGCCCACCCCGGAGGGAGUCUGGAGUGGACCAGCCCACCCCGGAGGGAGUCUCACGCUCCUAACCCCCCCCCCUUAAUUCCCAUAUUGGGGUGACCCAGUCUAUAAGGUCACCUGGUUGAACCUGAAUGAUGAGCGUAUCAGUGAAACAGUGGGGUGAUUCAGCUUGGUGCCAAGUGACUACUAGCCUGAAAACAAGACCUGUUUGGUGCUAACGUUCCACUUCUUGCCAAUGUUAGGCAUUGACGAGGAGUGGCAAUGAGUGGAAUGAUAGCACAAAACCGACUGGUAUUCAGGAUAAGUUGACCAUCCAUACCAGAGAAUAAUGAUGAUGAAUCUGUGGUUUUGUUAUGAAAGGAGAGAUGUGUUCUAGUUCUAGAACCAACUAGAACACAUCUCUUCCUCUCCAUGGUUCUCUCAUGAAUAAAUGAACACUGCUUAAUGUCAGUUGCCUUGAACCACUGACCAAAUAAGACAAAGGAACACAGGACUGACUGUUCACCAAGCAAAGAAACCAGGUCUGAAAAGAGUCAUUGUUAUGUUUUCUAUUCAAAUGGCUGCAAAUACAUUUUAAAAAUGAAUCCAACCCUCAGUUUUAUAAAGACAAAUGUUUUCCACUGUAUGUUUUUGUUUUGGAGGGAUGUCGGGAUGCUAGUGUCUUGGUGUGUUUGGAGGGAAGUCGGGAUGCUAGUGUCUUGGUGUAUUUGGAGGGACGUCGGGAUGCUAGUGUCUUGGUGUGUUUGGAGGGAAGUCUGGAUGCUAGUGUCUUGGUGUAUUUGGAGGGACGUCGGGAUGCUAGUGUCUUGGCGUGUUUGGAGGGAAGUCGGGAUGCUAGUGUCUUGGUGUGUUUGGAGGGAAGUCGGGAUGCUAGUGUCUUGGUGUGUUUGGAGGGAAGUCGGGAUGCUAGUGUCUUGGUGUAUUUGGAGGGACGUCGGGAUGCUAGUGUCUUGGUGUGUUUGGAGGGACGUCGGGAUGCUAGUCUCUUGGUGUGUUUGGAGGGAAGUCGGGAUGCUAGUGUCUUGG